AUGGACGUAGUCGCUGCAAGGCAAAAAGAGGAAACAACACUGCUGCUGCUGCCCGAAGGAUUCCGAGAGAUCGACACGAUAUUGAAGGCGCAGAGCCAAGUCGAGAGGAAAGUGUACUGGAAACUAAGUGAAGUAAUCAUGUGGCUGGACACGGCAGGAGCGAAUGCGUGUAUACUCGUCGGUCCCACAUGUGCUAUUUCGCCGCCAAAGAAGGAAUGGUGUAAACUGGCAUCGGCGAUAGCAACAGCGGCUCGUAAUGGAAUGAAGAUUCUGUUGAUCGCACCGCCCCGUGGAGACGCCGCAUGUGCACAGAAUAGGAUGGAGCUGAACCAGGCUGCUGAACUUGCAAGGAAAUCGGUUGCGCUCAUGUCGCGGAAUAUUGUCAGCCUGAUACCGAUGAUAGAAAGCACAUGCGAACCUUCACAUGGACCGUCAGCACAUCCAAGGCACUCUAAUGUCGACGCCUAUUCGGCAGAAACAGUGGUUGAAUAUUUGUAG